AAUGUGGCGUGUGUUGUUUGGAAAAUUGAGAGUCGUAAAUAAAAUGAACUGUAUGUGUUAUUAAUAUUUGUAAUAAGUGUCCUUUAUGUGUGUAUAAACAUUAAUUUGUCAAGAAACAUUAUAUGAUAGCUACUAAGGCUUGAGAAAACUUGUUUUUAUUUUGGUAUUUUGUCAUAUGUUGCACGCCUGCCUUGGGGUCUGGAAGAGGACAAAAAAUUUAUGAGUAAUUCCGAUGCUAAAUUGAUAAUGCAAAAUAGAUACAGCCAGUCUUCCGGCACGUCAUUGCGCUUUCUCGUGACAAUGCGGUGCCUUAUGAAUGAAUCUAUUUUCUAAACUCCCAAUUUUUAUUCCUCAUAAUGGUUGUUAGAGCUGACACUGAAUAAUAACAUAAUGAGUCACAAUCUGGCUGGAAUGCCAUCAUACAGGCUGCCAGGACCUGGGCUGGGGCCUCCAGACUUUAAGCCGCCGAUGGAUACACCAACACCACCAGCCCCUGCACCAAGUAACCCAAAAAAGCGAAGAAAAACAUCAAAUGCAAACAAUGCACUCACACCACAGCCACCACCUACUGCACAGGAUCUGCUACCUCCACCACUUACUGGUUAUGGUGAUACAAUAGUUGCAUCCAACCCUUUUGACGAUUCUCCAUCAACAGUUUCACACAAUGGUCCUAUGAUGAGCCAUAAUGGCCCUAUGAUGAAUCAAAAUGGUCCUAUGGGUAUGGUUGGGCCUAUGCACAGUAUGGGAGGACCACCAAUGAGACACAUGAGUCCACUACCACAUAAUAUGAGCCCUAUGAAUCAACAAAUGCCACCUAGAGGAGGAAUAAGCCCAAUGGGGAAUAUGAGUCCCAUGGGCCACAUGGGUGGUAUGUCUCCAAUGGGAGGACCUAAUAUGGGUAUGAGUAACCAUACCAUGGGACCUGGAAUGGGUCCCACAUCAAGAUCUAUGGGUAGUCCAAUGAGCCCUAUGAAUUCUAUGCCAAUGGGAUCACCAAUGUCUUCUGGCCCUAUGGGCAGUCCUAUGAAUAUGGGUUCAAUGGCUGGAAGCCAUAUGAAUAAUAGUCCGAUGGGCCCACCAAUGCAUAGCCCGCUUGGAGCUGGAUCAAUGAAUGGGCCUAUGAAUGGGCCAAUGGGUGGUGGUGGUCCAGGUAUGAAUGUUCCUCGAAUGAAUGGACCAAUGGGGCCAAGCUGUUCAAAUGGAUCUAUGGGUCCUACUAGUUCCAUUAUGUCUUCAAACCCAAUGCAAAGCGGUGGAAUGGGUCCCGGUCAUUGUGGGCCAAUGAGGCAUGGAAGUCCUAUGGGAUCAGCUAUGGGCAGUGGACCUAUGGGUGGUAAUGGACCUAUGACAUCUAUGGGCCCUGGACCUCCAUAUGCAAGUGGUCAUAUGGGGCAUGGAGGACCCAUGGGAAUGGGUGGAAGUGGUUCAAUGGGAAUGGGUCCUGGCCCUGGAAAUAUGGGAAACUGUGGACCUCUGGCUGGUAUGAGUGGUAUGGCCAUGGGGGGUCCAGGUGGACAAGGAGUGGGUCCAAUGAGUCAGGGUAUGGGAAUGUAUGGACCUAAACCAAUGCCUGUGAGUGCUGGAAAAGUGUACCCACCAGACCAACCAAUGGUUUUCAAUCCUCAAAACCCAAAUGCACCACCAAUAUAUCCUUGCGGAGUAUGCCACAAAGAAGUGCAUGAUAAUGAUCAAGCAAUCUUAUGUGAAUCAGGAUGCAACUUUUGGUUUCAUAGAGGAUGCACGGGCUUAACGGAGCCUGCUUAUCAGUUGCUGACAGCAGAAGUGUAUGCAGAGUGGGUUUGUGACAAGUGCUUGCAUUCUAAGAACAUACCACUUGUGAAAUUUAAACCAUAGCGCUGUGGCGCUCCCCCCUCCCCCCUUCUCCUGCCCCCUCACUUAAGUCAUAUCCCUCCCUGAAACUCAUCACAAGUAUUUAUUGAACUUCAUUAAAAUUGACACUUAGUGGAAUCGUAAUAUGAAUGUACUUGGGCAUCAAAUGGUUUGUCAGUAUAGUUUUACUAAGAAAGAUCUCAUCUUGGAUAGUUACAUAAAAUUAAGGAAAAAUGUGUUGAAUAUGAAGUGCUUUGAGUUGGAAAUUUUUAUCAGUGGCUAUUUAUUGCACUAUGCCUUUUUAUAUUUGGAACAAAACAGCAGAUGUAUGGAAAUCAUUAUGAAAUUGCAGACGGUCCUGUUAUGUCUAGUCUGUUAUGAUUGUCAUUUUUAUUUAUUUUAAUAAUAAUAUAGGAAUAUGAUGGAUGGUCGUAAUGGAAUUCGUAUAAAUGUUCAUUGCACUUGUUCCUGCAUUAGGCAUAUCUGUGAAAGCAAUUCAAUGUGAUCCUUCAGUAGAAAUAUGUCGUCACCAUACGGUAUAGACAAAAAACUCAAGGUAUAAGCAAUAUGAAGGCUGCCCAAGGAGUUUUACAUGCCUACUGUGUGUCGCUUUAGUAUCUGUGCAUAUUGUAAAUAUCUCUUAGUUUAAGUAUAAAGAAAAAUCACUUUCCGCCUUAUAUAAUGGUGACCUAUUUGUGUACAGUCAAGAUUAAUAUUGAUGGUUUAACAUCAGACUUGGUUAGCUAUUUUUGACACAUGGCGGUCAUUGCAUAGUUUAGGCCAAGAAAGUAUAAUUAAUAUGUUUUGCAAUGCAAUCUUGUGUAGUCCGGCGCGAACGAGAACUUGGCAAUAAUUUUCGCCAUAUUCCUAUGUACUUAUUUUACGGUGCCCUAUUUGCAUGUAAUAAAUACGCGCAUUAUUUUUACAUACAUGUAAAUACGAUGAAUCCAUACGCUUUGUUAAGGAUAAGAGUGUUAAAUGUGUUUGUCAAGUUUUUAAAUUUUGGAGAUUUUUUAAUCAUAAAAAUGUAUUAUAAGGUUUGUAAAUAAUUGCAUAGUAUUAAGUGAAUUGAGAUUACAUAUACAACAUCGAUAUACUGGCUCCAGAUAUUACGCGGUUGUGAUUUCAUUCGUGUCGUGUAGCUUUCAGCUAACGUUUAACUUAAUUUUUUUAUUGUUCGCGAGCGUUAGUCCUGGGGUCUAUCAUAUAAUCUUUAUAGAGUCAAAGUUAAUUUAUGAAUAAAAAUAUUUACAGCAUUUUAUUCGUAGUCUGUCAAGUAUGUGACCAUUUCAAACAAUAUCAUUGGUAUAUCUAUAAUAUAUAAAGCUGCGGGUAUAUGAAGUCGGUCCCAGUAUAAAUAAGAUACUCAAUUGGUUGGAAGUAAAUGAUAACAAAUCAGUUAUAUAGUCGUAUUUUUGUUUAGCGUAUUCACAAUAUAAAACAUAUGUUCACAAUAUAUUAAAAAUUAGCAACUUCUUUUUUAAUUUAUAGACAAUAAUAAUAUAGGGGCUUAUACUAUCAAAUAUAUAGGAUCACAUUUAGAUAAAUUUAUCAAUUUAUGUAGCUAUUGACGCACUUUUAAUAACUUUAAAAAAAUACUGUAUAUUUUUUAUCGUAGUAAUAAUCUAGAAAGAUUACUUUUCGUUUGUACUCUGUAUUUAUGACUAUAAAAUAUAGAUAUUUUGAUCUUUUUUAUUCCACAAAGAUAGUACAU